AAAGGUAUUGGAAACCAACCUCAAACUCAGCUUUUACUAUCACUCCAUAACUGGUAGUUCUGAUUAUUGCUGACUUAAGCAUCGGAGUGUCCACCCCGAGAACCAACCUCAGGGCCUUGCAAGAUAGCCGAAGUGAAGACUUAAGAUCUGGAGUACCUCCCAGUUCUCUGCAACUACAUUGGCGCCGUCUGUGGGAAUCGAGCUAAAAGCCUUUGCUAGUGGCUGUUACGAUGGCUAACGCGCGCUCAACGCACGACAGAAGUCCUCAACAAGGGCACGGAAAAGAUCAGUUCCUCAGCGGAAACCCCAUACCUCACCCUGUACCACCUUCUCCAGCCCAGCACCAGCACAUAGAGGAGACCGGGGAAAAUAAUCCAAACUCAGUAGGAAUCCCGAACGACCCCAUAGCCAUCCAACUUAAUGCCAUGCAACAACAGUUUGGUGUGUUUCAACUCGUGCUCGCCCAACUGUCAGCUAGAGAUAACCCGGGUGACCCCCUCAUCUCCUUAUUAAAUCCCACCAACCAAGCACAAAACCACCAGCCUCAACAAAAUGUCAGUUCACCAGCUCGGACUGCCACCCCACCCCCCAAUGAGUCUCAAGCUCAUUCCCAUGUGGCACCUCAACCUCGGCAACCAUCCCAACCGGCUGUCUCAGAUCUUCCCAACCAACCGCACUUAAAACAAAUGGUGCCCGACAACCGAAGCCCCCACAUCUUGGCUCAACAAGGUUCUGCCCCUAUCUCUACCCCUCUUAACACCAACAUCAUUCAUGAACCUUACCCACCUGGGUUUAGAAUGCCUCAGUUCGAGACAUAUGACGGUACCAAGGACCCUGAUGAUCACUUGCACGCAUUCUACUCCGUAAUUUUGCUGCCGAACUCGAUCAGUUCUUACGCCGAGCUGGUGGGGUCCUUUGCCACGAAGUUUUCCAGUCGCCGGCUGAUCAAGAAAACAACAUCCGAGCUUAUGCGGGUGGCCCAGAGAGAAGGUGAAUCCUUAAAGAACUACCUGAACAGAUUUAAUGAUGCGGUGCUGGAAAUCGGCUCAUUUAGCCAAGUUGUCAGAUCUUGGAAAUUUAUCCAAGCAGAGGAAUAUGCUUUAUCUGGCAGACCAACUUCAAAUAAAGAGGUCAGACCUCCGAUCUGGAGAGAUGAAGGACAGAACAAGAAAAGAUUUAAACCUACACAAUACCGGGGCCCUUUCCCACCUAAGCUGGACAGACCUCUGGUACCUACCCCGCAGCUUAUGGCAAAGCAAGUUGCUUGGACUCCGUUUAACUUGCCGAGGUCCAAGAUCUUAAUGCAGAUCAAAAACAAAAUGGAGCUCAGAAGGCCUCUUCCUAUGCGAAGCUCACCCGCCUCAAGAGAUCAGAGCAAGUAUUGUGACUUCCACCAGGAUCAUGGCCAUACUACUGAGGAAUGCAACAGUUUGAAGUCCGAGCUCGAAGGUUUAGCUCGGAAAGGGUUGUUAAAUGAGUACAUCUCUAACCGGGACCAGCUCAAGUUCGUCCGGGAGCAGGGACGACCUCAAGCAUCUCGAGAUGCAAACAACCGAACUGGAGUUGGAUAUCAACAAGCACCACCUUUGCUCCCGCCACCCUCACGCAUCAUUCACAUGAUAACAGGAGGUCCGGAAGCUAGGGGGAUGAGCUCAAAGCAGCAGAAGCUCUAUGUGCGAGAGGUGAAGCACCACAAUCGGGCUCAAAAAAGAAAAUUUGAUGAGACAGACUGGAAAAACCAACCUAUAACUUUCAGUUCUGCUGAUUUCGACGGUGUUGUCACACCACACAAUGAUCCGCUGCUCACUUCGGUCAUGGUCAAUAAUUGUGAAGUUCAGCACAUCCUUGUAGACACAGGAAGCGCUCCAGACAUCAUGUAUUAUCAUUGUUUCGAGAGCCUUGGCCUCGACCCUGCCCUUCUACAAAAGUAUGAAGGCCCCAUCUACGGCUUCAACAAUCAACCAGUGCCUGUGGAAGGAAUCCUCAAACUCAAUGUAGCGUUCGGCUCAAGUCGGGCCUAUGUAACCCCCUCAGUCCAAUUUUUGGUAGUAAAGAUGGCCUCAUCCUUCAACAUCGUCAUCGGGAGGCCAACCCUGACUGAAAUUAGAGUAGUUGUCUCACAAUCCCACCUAUGCAUGAAAUUCCCCGCCCCUACCGACGUGGCGACGUUGCGCGGAAACCAGGAAAUAGCGCGGCAUUGACUGCCAUCCCCUGCGAGUAUAGAUAGGUUGGUGGAAUUCGCGUCUGGAAAUGAACGACUUAGCCUUUUGGAUGCUUACUCAGGGUAUCACCAGGUCCACAUGGCCCCCGAAGACGAGGUGAAGACCUCUUUCUACGCAGGCGAUGAGAUCUACUGCUAUGUAAUGAUGCCAUUCGGACUCAAGAACGCCGGGGCCACAUACCAGAAGAUGGUGACGAUUGUGUUCCGAGCUCAGAUCGGCAGAAAUCUCGAAGUCUACGUUGACGACAUAGUAGUCAAAAGCCUCAAGGCAGAGGACCACCUAACUGACCUAGCAGAAACAUUUAACAACCUCAGAACACCGCAUGAGAUUGAACCCAGCCAAGCGAUAGAAGAGAUGAAGCCCCCGAAGUUAAUUAAGGACGUGCAACGCCUAGCCGGGAGAAUUGCAGCUCUACACAGGUUUGUAUCGAAAUCUGCAGAAAAAUGCAUGUCGUUCUUCAAAAUCCUAAGAUCCGUCGCCCAUAAAGACGAUGCAGGGAAGUCCAAAAAGUUUGAAUGGACCUCAGAGUGCCAAACCGCCUUCAAUGACCUCAAGUCGUACCUCGGCUCACCACCCCUGUUAACCAAGGCCGAAGAAGGCAAACUCCUUUACCUCUAUCUCGGAGUCGCUGAUGCGGCAGUAAGUUCCGUCUUAGUUAAAGAGGUAGGUAAACAGCAGAAGUCGGUAUACUAUGCCAGCAAGGUUCUACAAGGAGCAGAGCUGCGACAGAUCUUGCAGAAGCCAGAAUGUUUGGGCAGACUUAUUAAAUGGGCAGUGGAGUUGGGUGAAUUUCAGAUAGCAUUUCAGCAAAGGUCGUCAAUUCGGGCUCAAGACUUGGCAGAUUUUGUCGUCGAAUGCACCUCGAACUCUAAAACCGUCACUUCUGAAGCUGAGCAAUGGACCCUCUAUGUGGAUGGGUCGUCGAGCAGCAGAGGGUCAGGGGCUAGAGCGGUGUUGAUAGGGCCAGGGAGCUUUCGAAGUGAGCAUGCCUUGAAAUUUAACUUUGAAGAAACAAAUAAUAUGGCCGAAGACGAGGCACUUCUCCUUGGACUUCGCUUAGCAGCUGAGUUGAAGGUCAGAUCUCUACAAGUUUACAGUGACUCACAACUCAUAGUCAACCAAGUCAACUCUACAUGCGAGGUCACAGAUCCCACCCUCGCCAAAUACUUAGCUGUGGCUCUGAAGCUCCAAAGCCAAUUUGAAAGAUUUCAACUCACCAAAAUCUCGAGGUCCGAAAAUGGUCAUGUUGAUUCCCUAUCAAAGUUAGCUUCCGACUGCUCAAGUGGACUGAGGUUAGUUUUUGUCGAAGUCCUAGACGAACCAAGCUUCCAGAGGUCGCAGGUGAUGGAGGUCAGUACCGACCUCGAAGCCCCCAGUUGGACCGAUCCCAUUAAAGCUUAUCUCCUGGAUGGGACUGUCCCAAGUAACAGACAAGAGGAGAUGAAGUUGCGACGAAAGGCAUCUCGGUACACCUUGGUGGACGGUACCCUGUAUAAGAGGUCAUACUCGCUCCCCCUUCUUCAUUGUUUAACUCCUUAUGAGGUCGAGUACGCACUUCGUGAGAUGCAUGAGGGCGUAUGUGGGAGUCAUGUCGGAGCUCGGGCCCUGGCCCAUAAGGUACUUCGGCAGGGAUACUACUGGCCAAACAUGCAAGAAGAUGCCAAGCAGCACGUCCAGAAAUACCCGAAGUGCCAAUUCUUUGCACAUCUCACCCACCAGCCAGCAGAGGAACUCACCACCUUAGUGACGUCGUGGCCCUUUGCACAAUGGGGCAUUGACCUCUUAGGUCCUUUUGUGAAGGGUACAGGGGGCGUAACACACUUAGUCGUGGCAGUCGAUUACUUCACCAAAUGGUAUGGAAUCCCAAACCAAGUUGUGGCCGACAAUGGACCUCAGUUCAACUGUACCUCGUUUAAACACUUCUGUACCAGCUAUGGGAUUAAGUUGGUGUUCACCUCUAUUUAUCAUCCUGAGGCAAACGGAAUGGUUGAGUCUGUCAAUAAGGCCAUCCUAGAAGGAAUUAAGCCAAUGCUAGACCAAGUCAAAGCCAAGUGGGCGGAAGAGCUCAACAAUGUUCUAUGGGCCUACCGAACUACGAGUCGGACAGCCACAGGCGAAACGCCCUACCACUUGGCUUUUGGGAUUGAGGUAGUCAUCCCUGUCGAAAUGGGCGUCCCAAGCCUACGAGUGACCCACUUCGACGCAGCUCGAAAUGAGCAGUUGCUGAGAGAAAACCUCGAUUUUUUGGACGAAGUCCGCGAGGAAGCUCGACUUCGGACAUUAGCAUACAAACAGAAGCUGGCCAACUCAUACAAUAGACGAGUCCGACCUCGAACCUUUAGAGUUGGUGAUCUCGUCCUCAGAAAGGCAGGACUCACCAGCUUUGAAACUCGCUUCGGCAAGCUUGCGCCCAAUUGGAAAGGCCCAUAUGUAGUAGCCGAAAUCCCACAUCCUGGCGCUUACAUACUUGUAGACGUCGAGGGUAAAAGAAUACCUAGGGUUUGGAAUGUAAACAAUUUAAAGAAGUUUUAUCCGUAAUAAAGCUUCAUUUUAUCCAAAUUCUUAUCAAUUGAGCUUGAGCUCUCAUGUCGACUUCCACCUUGUCUUUAAAGUUACAUUUCUGAUCUCUUCCUAUCCGAGGUCAAACAGUUAGUAUUUUUGAUCGGCUAUAUUAUUAUUUUUUUUUUAAGUUCGUUACAAAUUUUCAAUAAACAAUAUCACAAUAA